AUGGAGGGAGUCGAUCUUACCCAGGCGAUGCUCAACAAAGGCAAACAAAUGGCAAACGUCGCUGGUUCAACUGCCAAUGGCAAUGGUGGCAAGAAGAGAAGAAAGGGAACCGACUUGAAGCCUAUCGUCACUAACGAAGGAAACCCUGCGCCCGGCGCACCCACAGACUCUACUGGCGCUGUUCCACAGUCAAACCCUAAAGCAUCCGCGUCGCGCUCAUCUUCCUCAUCAUCCGGCGAAGAAAUGGAGGCUACUGCGGAAGAGGAGGAUUCUGAAGAUUACUGCAAGGGUGGAUACCACCCCGUCGCUGUGGGCGAAGCUUACAAUAACGGUCGCUAUAUCAUCGUGCGCAAGCUCGGUUGGGGUCACUUCUCUACAGUGUGGCUGUCGCGGGAUACAACCACCAACAAACACGUUGCGCUAAAGGUGGUGCGCUCCGCCGCACACUACACGGAAACUGCGAUCGAUGAAAUUAAGCUCCUCAACAAAAUCGUUCAAGCGAAGCCCUCUCACCCUGGUCGGAAGCAUGUGGUUAGUCUGUUGGACUCAUUCGAGCACAAGGGACCCAACGGUGUCCAUGUUUGUAUGGUGUUCGAGGUGCUCGGCGAGAAUCUGCUGGGUCUUAUCAAGCGUUGGAACCACCGCGGUAUUCCCAUACCGCUGGUGAAGCAAAUCACGAAACAAGUGCUGUUGGGUUUAGAUUAUCUCCACCGCGAGUGCGGGAUCAUCCACACAGAUCUCAAGCCGGAGAAUGUCUUGAUUGAGAUUGGAGAUGUCGAGCAAAUUGUUAAGGCGCAUGUGAAGGAGGAAGCUAAGAAAGAAGCCAAGGAGAAAGAGGAUAAUCGGAAUGGGCGACGACGACGACGCACACUGAUCACAGGAAGCCAGCCGCUUCCCAGUCCGCUCAACACCAGCUUCAAUGGUUUCGAUUUCAAACACAGCUCCUCCAACUCGCAUAGUAGUCUCAGCCAGAUCGUUAACGAAUCUGCAGCAUCUACUGCAGAGACCCCAUCUAUGAAAGAGCUCCUGGGCGUGAAGGAAGAAGAGCAGAAGCAGAAUCAGCGAGAGAAGACCGCUGAUCUGUUGGAGCGAGAGGUUUCUGGAAUUUCUCUUGACAAAGGAUCCUCUAGCAAAUCAGUAGAAGAGGAAAUCGACGCCAGUAUCAUUUCUGUCAAGAUUGCGGACUUGGGCAAUGCUUGCUGGGUCGGUCAUCACUUUACCAAUGACAUUCAGACUCGCCAAUACCGCUCCCCCGAAGUCAUUUUGGGUUCCAAAUGGGGCGCAAGUACCGAUGUCUGGAGUAUGGCAUGCAUGGUCUUCGAACUCAUUACUGGAGAUUACCUCUUUGAUCCCCAAUCAGGUACCAAGUACGGCAAAGAUGAUGAUCACAUUGCCCAAAUAAUUGAACUGCUCGGUCCCUUCCCCAAGUCACUCUGCUUGUCCGGAAAAUGGUCCCAAGAAAUCUUCAACCGCAAGGGCGAAUUGCGCAACAUUCAUCGACUCCGUCACUGGGCCUUGCCCGACGUCCUGCGAGAAAAAUACCACUACUCGAUGGAGGAAAGCAUGCGUAUCAGUGAACUUUUACUGCCGAUGCUGGAUCUCUCGCCUGAGAAGCGCGCCAACGCAGGCGGCAUGUCAGCCCACGAGUGGAUGAAGGAUACUCCUGGUAUGGAUGGAAUAGAUCUGGGCAUACCUCCUGGAACACGCGGCGAGGGGAUCGAGGGCUGGGCUAGUGAGGUCAAGAAGCGAUGA